CAACAACGGGUACGGCAGAGGCGAUGUUAUUUAUGUUAUACAUGUAGUUGCAUGAAAAAUGUUGAAAUGCAAGAUACCUCCAAGUAUUGACUGAAAAGAAAUGUCUGAAAUACAUUGAGGGAUCAAGCUGAGAGAGAAAGUGUGAAAACCAUGUCACCAAACUGGGAGUGGAAACAGUUUUGUGGGCAAAAUGAGAGCUUUCAGAUGUGGAAUGGCUACAGUUUCGGGCAAUGUUUUGUACAAGUUGCCUUUGUCGCCCCUACUCAUGCAAUUUUUAUGAUAUUAAGUGCCUACUAUUUUGCUGUAUUAUCUCUCCGUUACACAAAUGUCAUUGAAAAUAGCAGUGCAUCUCCCUGCAAGAUAUGGACUUGUUUCAUCAGAUAUGCCUUGUGUGUUUUGUUCAUCAUAACAUGGAUAGUCAAACUAUGUUUUAUGAUCUCCUUAAAAAGCAAUUUUCCAUAUAAUGGAUUGGUCUUUUUAGCAGUAUGUGUGAUAGCACUCCUGACAUGGAUGUUGCACUGCAUGAUGACAUGGAAACUAAAAAGAAAUCCUUUUUAUGGAAGCAGAGGACCAUUGCUUAUAUUUUUAGCUUAUGUGUUAUUGUUAUUGAGCUGUGCAAUGCAGGUGUAUAGCAUAGUUGAUGUGCACCUCAGAAAACCUUCUGCUCUAAAUGUUGUUGAAAUAAUUACAUGUUUACAAGGAGGACUGCAUAUUCUGUUUCUUUUUUCUCUUAUACCAAAUGGGAAAGUAUUACAACAGGGAGAGUUCAGUAUACAAAAUGGAAGAAUUGAAAGAAAUAGACUUUUGUCAGACUCUGGCAUCAGAGGGUAUGGAGCUGUAAGUAGACCAAGCAAUGAUUUAGGAGUGGCUGAGGACACUGCCAACUGUUUGUCAAAGCUUUCUUUUUGGUGGGUUCAACCACUGAUGCUAAAGGGCACCAAGGGACAACUGUCAUAUUCCUCAGAUCUUUUCUUGUUACCAAAAAGACUUGGAACUGACAGCAUCGAGUAUAAGUUUAAUUGCAAUUUUAGAGAACUUGAAGAAGUGGAGGAUUUUACUGCAGAUUUUGAAAAUUGUGUUCCAGACGUUAACUUUUCUGAUAUAAGUAAUAACGUUCCAUGCAAUAAUGUGAGAAUGCAUAAUAGCAGAAAGAACAGAGGAGAAGUAACUUUACUAAAAGCUCUGCAUAAAACUUUUGGAACGGAAUAUUAUCUGCUUGGUAUACUAAAACUUAUGUCAGAUGCAAUAGGAUUUGCUGGGCCGCUGCUUCUCAAUUUGCUUGUCUCUUUCAUGGAAAAUCAAACAGAGCCUAUGUACAAUGGAUACAUUUAUGCAGGAUCCUUAUUUAUCUCUACAUUUAUUGGAGCUUUACUUUCUACACAGUUUAACUACCACGUUCAGGUGGUUGGACUAAAACUGAGAGCAGCUAUUAUUACAACUAUAUACAGAAAAUCACUUCAAGUGAACACUGUUUCCAUGUCAGGUUUCACCACUGGGGAAGUGGUGAAUUUUAUGAGUACAGAUACUGACAGAAUUGUCAAUUUCUGCCCUAGCUUCCACCAGUUUUGGAGCCUUCCAUUCCAGAUAGCAGUAUCUCUUUUUUUGCUCCAUCAGCAGGUUGGCCUUGCCUUCCUGGCAGGGCUGGGGUUUGCCCUGCUUCUCAUUCCUAUCAACAGGUGGUUAGCCAUCAAAAUUGGGAAGUUGAGUACAGCCAUGAUGGCACAAAAGGAUGGGAGAGUCAAGGUUAUGAAUGAGAUUUUGGCUGGUAUUCGUGUGAUAAAACUGUACGCCUGGGAAGAUCACUUUGCAGAAAAGAUCAAGACACUGCGCAAUGCUGAACUGAAGAGUUUGAAGGGAAGAAAAUACCUCGAUGCCAUGUGUGUGUAUUUUUGGGCCACCACACCUGUCCUGAUUGCCAUUUUAACAUUUACGACAUAUUCUCUCAUGGGGCACCAGUUAACUGCAGCAAAGGUGUUUACAAGUCUUGCCUUGUUCACCAUGUUGAUAAGUCCAUUGAAUGCAUUCCCCUGGGUGCUGAAUGGACUGAUGGAGGCUUGGGUGUCCGUGAAGAGAGUUCAGGCAUUCAUGCAGCUGAAAGAGCUGAAUCUAGAUGGCUAUUAUACAAAACACAGCGGUCAUGAGAGAGAUGCAAUGCAGAUUCUUCAGGGUAAUUUUUCAUGGGGAUCUGAUGAGAAAGAAAGUACUGCUGACAGAGAACCUCAGCAAGACAGCAUUCAGAAACAUUCCAAAACUUUAAGGCUCACUGAUAUCAACAUCAGCAUUCUCAAGGGACAGCUUGUAGGUAUAGUGGGCAAAGUUGGCUGUGGCAAAAGCAGCCUAUUGAAUGCUAUUCUUGCAGAAAUGCACAGAGAUGGAGGCUCCAUAGCAGUUGCCAGUUUGUCCCAUGGAUUUGGCCUAGUUUCUCAAGAAGCCUGGAUCCAACAUGCUACGAUGAAAGACAAUAUAUUGUUUGGUAAACCAUUUAAUGCAAGGAAAUAUGCUUCAGUGAUUGCAGCCUGUGCUUUAGAGGAAGAUCUGAAGAUUCUUCCGGCAGGGGAUUGUACAGAAAUUGGGGAAAAUGGCGUGACACUGAGUGGAGGACAGAAAGCAAGAGUGGCCUUGGCUAGGGCAGUGUACCAGGACAAGGAUUUCUAUUUGCUGGAUGAUCCAUUGGCUGCAGUUGAUGCUCACGUGGCUAGUCAUUUAUUCUUUAAGUGUAUACUGGGACUUCUGAGAAACAAAACCAGACUUCUGUGUACUCACCACACUAAAUAUUUACAACAUGCUGAUAUUGUGAUAGUGAUGGAAGAAGGACGUGUUGUAAACAUAGGCCAUCCUGUCGAUAUCCUUGACCAGCUUGACUUGGAAUUGGUCCAAGAAGAAGUUCAAGAUAAGGAAAGUGCAGGUGAUCAGUCCUCCAGUGUCUGCUCCACUGUAGAUGGUGCUCUUGUCCAGGAAGAGGAGAAAGACACAGGCAUUGUCAAGUUCCAUGUGUACCAGGCAUAUUGGAAGGCUGUAGGUCAUUGCCUGGCACCACUGAUUUUGAUUUCUUUGUUCUUGAUGCAAGGUUCCAGGAAUAUCAAUGAUUGGUGGCUAUCCUACUGGAUAUCCCACUCCCAUCCCAAUGUUACAGUUGACAACAGCUCUCAGCCACCUGGGCAUUCUGAAGUACAGGGUUAUAGUUAUACUACUGUACCCUCUACUGUUAAUGACAGUGUGCUGAGGUAUGCUGAAGAUAAUGUUUCCUACUAUCUGACAGUGUAUGGCAUCUUGGCAGGUGCCAAUUCUCUCUUUACACUGGCCCGAGCUUUCCUCUUUGCUUAUGGAGGAAUUUGUGCAGCAAUGACUAUACAUAAGAAACUGUUAUCAAGCAUUCUACAGGCAUCUGUGUCUUUUUUUGACGUGACUCCCAUUGGCCGUGUUGUGAACAGAUUUUCCUCUGAUGUGUACUGUAUAGAUGAUUCUCUUCCAUUCAUGAUGAAUAUCUUGCUGGCUCAGUUUUAUGGAGUGUUAGGAACAGUUGCUAUCACUUGCUAUGGUCUCCCAUGGUUUAUGGUAUUACUGGUGCCCUUGACCAUAAUAUAUUACUUCAUUCAGAGCUACUAUCGUCAAACUUCAAGAGAAAUUAAGAGGAUAACCAGUGUUACAUUGUCCCCCAUCUAUGCCCAUUUCUCUGAGUCUAUCACUGGCCUGACCACUAUUAGAGCUUUAAGGGAAUGUGCAAGAUUCAAAAAAGAAAAUGAGGUGAGACUGGAGGAGAACCAGCAAGCUCAGUUUGCUGGCAUAGUUGCUGGGCAGUGGCUGCAGAUCAGACUGCAGAUGUUGGGGGUUGUCAUGGUAACAGGAGUAGCGUUUAUUGCAGUGUUGGAACAUCAUUUUCAAACUGUAGAUCCAGGUCUGGUUGGCCUUGCUAUUUCUUAUGCCCUGUCCAUCACAAACCUGUUGAGUGGGGUUGUUACUGCCUUUACUGAAACUGAGAAACAGAUGGUCAGUGUUGAGCGGGGCAUGCAGUAUAUAGAGGAUGUUCCAAGUGAGAAGCAGGAAGGAAUAUUAGAUCCACCACCUUAUUGGCCAAUACAAGGAAGCCUUUGUUUUGAACAAGUGUAUCUCCAGUACCGCCCUGGCCUACCCUAUGCUCUAAAUGGGGUGACAUUUGAGACCCAGCCUGCUGAGAAGAUUGGGAUCGUAGGAAGAACAGGCUCUGGGAAGUCCAGUCUUUUCCUGGCAAUGUUCAGGAUGGUGGAGAUUAGUCAGGGUCAAAUAACUAUUGAUGGCAUAGGGAUAAAACAUGUCAGCCUCAAGAUAUUAAGGUCCAAUCUUGCUGUCAUUCCUCAAGACCCAUUCCUAUUUAGUGGCAGUGUCAGAGAGAACCUUGACCCAACCCAGAGUUGCUCAACCUCUGAACUAUGGACAGUUCUUAAAAGGUGCCAUGUGGACAAAGCUGUGGAGAAGAUGGGUGGUCUGGAGGCUGAAGUUGAAGAAAAAGGCAGACUGUUUUCUGUGGGACAGAGGCAGCUGUUGUGUUUAGCCAGAGCACUCUUAACAAGAGCCAAGAUCCUUUGUAUUGAUGAGGCUACAGCAAGUGUAGAUGCAGAGACUGACAGAAUGGUCCAAGAGACAAUAAGGGACGAAUUUUCAGACAACACUGUAUUAACUAUUGCCCAUCGUAUUAACACUGUCCUCAACAGUGACAGAGUAAUGGUUAUGAACAAUGGCAAAAUAGGAGAAUUUGAAUCACCAAAAGCUUUACUUGAAAAUCCACAUUCCUUGUUUUAUGGGUUGGUACAUGGAAACCAGACUUCUAGAGGAGGAGAAAAUGCAUUUUAGAAAGUGGUUAAAUUAAAAAUACACAACUGUUGUAUAUCAAGGGUUAUGUGGUACAUAUUAAACUCCUAAUUAUAUGAUGUCAAAUAUCAGUGCAAUCUAUUACAUUACUUGGGUAUAAUUAAAAUUUUUUUUUAUAAGGCCCAUUAAAAGAAAGCUACAUUGAUAUAAAAGUGUUGCCAAUGCAUAAUAUUGUUGAUAUGACCAUACCUGUAAUGGCAUUUAUAGAUAAAAAGAACAGAAAAUUAUUUAUUUUGUCAGAAAUUUGGAUAUUAUUUUUAAAAGAAAAUGUGACAUUUCAUUUUUCUUAUAAUUUAUUUUCUUUUUUAUAUGAGGAGAAAUUAAUUUAUUAAUAAGGUGUCACUAUAUUGUUUGAGAUUUUGAUGAAAUACAAAUGUGUUCAUUUAGCCAUAGACAUAAUUUUGAUGAAAACAGAACUUUUUAUUUAUUUAUUUAUCUAUUUUUUGCCUUCAUUUUUCCUUUAAAUGAUAAAGUGAAAUCCAUAUUUGCGAAUACACUGCAUGUGGACAAUGCACUGGCAGAUCUACAAAGCCAAGACUAAAUAAUCUGUUCCUCACUUAACCUGAUUAUCUCCCACUGGUUUUUUAACAUUAAAAUGUUGAAAGAUACUGUAGUUUACAGUAGAAGUAAUAUCUUAUUUUAUGAUUACCAAUAAAGCAUUUAUUAACAGCAUUUGCUGAAUAGUCAUGUUGUUUCGUCACUUUUUAUAUAACUCUUAGCUGUAACUAAAUAUUGGAAAGCAUUAAUUCCUUUAAAUUGUAUGCUUCUUUUGCUCAAAUUAUGAUAUGUAGGAAAAUAUUUUACUUUAAAAGAGAGGGCUCAGUGUAUCUGUCAAAGAAAAUGGCAUGAUACAAUCAGAAUUGCUUACAUUUUAAAGAAAGAGAAAAAUGGAUUCAGGCUAUUAAACAUUAACCAAGGUG